GGACAAAGCUCGGCGAGAACGAGACCCGAAUCCUGCCGCGCGCGAAACAGGCACACAGGAGGCCUCGUUUCCCACAGGAGCCCCGACGGGAGAGAGUCUUCGGUCGGGGAAGCAGUUCUUAGGCCAGCCUACCGCAUCUGCCUUCCCGCUUGUCCCGCAGCCGCUGCCGGGCGGCAGCGGGGUCACGACGGCAGUGGUGGGGUCAGAGGGUAAAGGUCGCUCCCCCAGCAUCCUCCGUGCGGGGUGCUCAGCCAUCUUGGAUCCUCGGGACAAGAAAAUUCAUGCGGUGACAAACAGCAUGUUUGGUGCUUCAAGAAAGAAGUUUGUAGAGGGGGUCGACAGUGACUACCAUGAUGAAAAUAUGUACUACAGCCAGUCAUCGAUGUUCCCACAUCGAUCAGAAAAAGAUAUGCUGGCAUCACCAUCAACAUCAGGUCAGCUGUCUCAGUUUGGGGCAAGUUUAUAUGGGCAACAAAGUGCACUAGGCCUUCCAAUGAGAGGGAUAAGUAACAAUACCCCUCAGUUAAAUCGCAGCUUAUCACAAGGCACUCAGUUACCAAGCCACGUAACACCAACAACAGGGGUACCAACAAUGUCACUUCACACGCCUCCAUCUCCAAGCAGGGGUAUAUUGCCUAUGAAUCCUAGAAAUAUGAUGAACCACUCUCAGGUUGGUCAGGGCAUUGGAAUUCCCAGCAGGACAAACAGCAUGAGCAGUUCAGGUUUAGGCAGUCCUAAUCGAAGUUCACCCAGCAUAAUCUGUAUGCCAAAGCAACAACCCUCUCGACAACCUUUUACUGUGAACAGCAUGUCUGGAUUUGGAAUGAACAGGAAUCAGGCAUUUGGAAUGAAUAAUUCUUUAUCAAGUAAUAUUUUUAAUGGAACAGAUGGCAGUGAAAAUGUUACUGGACUGGAUCUUUCAGAUUUUCCAGCACUAGCAGACAGAAAUAGAAGGGAAGGAAGUGGAAAUCCAACUCCAUUAAUAAACCCUCUAGCUGGAAGGGCACCCUAUGUUGGGAUGGUAACAAAACCAGCAAAUGAGCAAACCCAGGACUUUUCAAUACACAAUGAAGAUUUUCCAGCAUUACCAGGCUCCAACUACAAAGAUCCAACAUCAAGUAAUGAUGACAGUAAACCUAAUUUGAAUACAUCAGGCAAAACAUCUUCUAGUGCAGAUGGUCCAAAAUUUCCGGGAGAUAAAAGUUCAACAACGCAAAACAAUAACCAGCAGAAAAAGGGGAUUCAGGUGUUACCUGAUGGUCGGGUUACCAACAUUCCACAAGGGAUGGUGACAGACCAGUUUGGAAUGAUUGGUUUGUUAACAUUCAUCAGGGCAGCAGAGACAGACCCUGGCAUGGUACAUCUUGCAUUAGGAAGUGACUUGACAACUUUAGGUCUCAAUCUCAAUUCUCCCGAAAAUCUUUACCCCAAAUUUGCAUCACCUUGGGCUUCUUCACCCUGUCGACCUCAAGACAUAGACUUCCAUGUUCCUUCUGAAUACUUAACAAAUAUUCACAUUAGGGAUAAGUUGGCUGCAAUAAAGCUUGGUCGCUAUGGGGAAGAUCUACUCUUUUAUCUCUAUUAUAUGAAUGGAGGAGAUGUAUUACAACUAUUAGCAGCAGUAGAGCUAUUUAACCGAGACUGGAGAUACCACAAAGAAGAGAGAGUAUGGAUUACCAGAGCACCAGGCAUGGAGCCAACAAUGAAAACCAAUACAUAUGAGAGAGGAACAUACUAUUUCUUUGACUGUCUUAACUGGAGAAAAGUAGCGAAGGAGUUCCAUCUGGAAUAUGAUAAACUAGAAGAACGGCCUCAUCUGCCAUCCACUUUCAACUACAACCCUGCUCAGCAAGCCUUCUGAAGACUUCCCUCUUGUCUUGGGGUAUGGCUGUCUCAGCACAAUACUCAACAUAACUGCAAAACUGAAGUGGCUCAGGCAUCCCGGUUUUAAUUCCUUUCGAGGAUCUGGCAAUUGGUUCAUGCAAAAGGGUCACCAUUUGAAGUCCUGCCUUACUAAUUAUGUGCUGCCCAACAACUAAAUUUAUAAUUUGUUUUCCUUUAGUUUGUGCAGGGUCGGAUUUUUUUUUUAUAUUAUUAUUAUUAUUUUUUUGCCAGCAGACAAGCUUGGGUCUGUAAAGACAAGCAAGUACACUGACAAAAGUUUACUAGUUUCCAAAAUGUAAAAAAAGGAAAAAAGAAACAAAAUAGACAAUAAAAUUUGCAUUGUUCAUUGUAGCACUCUUGGUAAUAAAAAAAAAAUGUUUGUGCAUUUUUAUGUGAAGAUCCUUCUCGUAUUUCAUUUGGAAAGAUGAGCAAGGCCUGCUUCCUUCAUUUUACUUCCCCUUCAGUUUUUGAAAAGGCAGUUUUCGCCAACUUAAUGCAAGAAUAUCUGUUUAGAAGAAAGAUAUUGCCACAACUUAUGGUUCAUUUCCAAAGUUGUGUGUUAACUGAGCUUCAUCUUUCCAGAAUGAGCAAAACACUGUCCAGUCUUUGUUACGAUUUUGUAAUAAAUGUGUACAUUUUUUUUAAAUUUUUGGACAUCACAUGAAUAAAGGUAUGUAUGUACGAAUGUGUAUAUAUUAUAUAUAUGACAUCUAUUUUGGAAAAUGUUUGCCCUGCUGUACCUCAUUUUUAGGAGGUGUGCAUGGAUGCAAUAUAUGAAAACGGGACAUUCUGGAACUGCUGGUCAGGGGACGUCUAUGUCGCCCUGUGCACUAAAGGGCCAGAUUUCAGCAGCCAAGGACAUCCAUACCCAAGUGAAUGUGAUGGGACUUAACGAAGUGAACUGAGACAAUUCACUCUGGCUGUUUGAACAGCAGCGUUUCAUAGGAAGAGAAAAAAAAAAAGAUCAAUCUUGUAUUUUCUGACCACAUAAAGGCUUCUUCUCUUUGUAAUAAAGUAGAAAAGCUCUCCUCA